UCGCCACAGUGGAGUCUCUUCACACACACACACACACACACAGAUGUGUUCUGUGCGCGUCUGGAGAGGAAUGCGGUGAAGUUACCUCUGCACAGUCAUGGUGAAGAGAGUGAAUUCAGAAGUUCCGUCCCGGAGUGAAACAUAUGGAGGAGGAGAAGAAGAACACACAGAAGCCAGUCCGUCCGCAGAUGGCGGUAAGGACCUCGCGACGGCUCCGCCCGCGAUGAUCUGGCGGGUGACGGGUGCGGUGAGGGGCGUGGUCGGGGCCACAGUGGGCGGAGUCUCCUGGCUGGGCGGGAAAAGUUACGAGAUCACCAAAUCGGCUGUGACCGCGGUCCCCUCGGUGGGCGUCGGCCUGGUGAAGGGCGGAGUCUCGGCGGUGGCAGGGGGCGUGUCCUCGAUGGGCUCGACGGUAGCCAAUAAAGUCACAGGAAAGAGGAAAGACAAAUCAGAGUGAAACCGAGGAUUACGAUGAAGAUUAUAACGAAAGUUGGUUUGUCGACCGCCAUUAAACCGUAGAUUAUAGCGAGAACACGUUACAGAGACGUUCACGAUGUUUUCGACCAAUCAACGUCCGAGACGAAGAGUUUUGUGUUCGUCACACUGUGUUGUAACUGCAUAAUCAGUUUGAUGUUUGAUGCUGUCGGGUUUUCCUCAAAUCAUCUCAGAUCUGCGACCAAAGACACGAUUAUCGGUGAUGCUUUUGAACGUUAUUUUACGUU